UCUCCUGGGGACACAGGUCAACAUGGACCUGUACCAGUCGCCAGCCAGUGCUCUGGACAAACUGGUGGCCCACAACCUGCAACCAUCCCCUGAGUUCACGGCAGCAGUGCGGGGCGCUCUGGGGUCCCUGGACACCACCCUAUGGAAGCAGGGAGCCCCAGGGUCACAGAGAGCAAGGGUGAUAAGGAUCGUCAAGGGAGGAGCGUAUGCCCGGGGCACAGCUCUCAGGGGUGGCUGUGAUGCAGAACUUGUAGUCUUCCUCAACUGCUUCAGGAGCUUUGGGGACCAGAAGACCAGAUGCACAGAGACCCUGGGUGCCAUGCGGGCGUUGCUGGAGUCCUGGGGACACCACCCUGGGCCUGGACUGACCUUUCAGUUUUCUGAGCCAAAGGCGACUGGCGUCUUGCAGUUCUGGCUGAUGUCAGCAGAUCAGGAAAACUGGAUGGAUGUUAGCCUGGUGCCUGCCUUUGAUGUGCUGGGACAGCCCCGCUCUGGAGUCAAGCCCACACCUGAGGUAUACUCCUCCCUCCUCAGCAGUGGCUGCCGGGAUGGGGAGCACGCAGCCUGCUUCACAGAACUCCGAAGGGACUUUGUGAACACUCGUCCAAUCAAGCUUAAGAACUUAAUCCUGCUGGUCAAACACUGGUACCGCCAGGUGCAGACGCAGGAGACCACGAGGUCCAUGAGGGCCACGAGGGCCACGCUGCCCCCUAGUUACGCCCUGGAGCUGCUCACUAUCUUUGCCUGGGAGCAAGGCUGCAGGAAGGACAACUUCAGCCUGGCCCAAGGGCUCCGGACCGUCCUGGCCUUGAUCCAACAGAACAAGGACCUCUGUAUUUACUGGACAGAAAACUACGGCUUCCAGGACCCUGUGGUUGGGGAGUUCUUGCGAAGGCAGAUUCAGAGACCCAGGCCCGUGAUCCUGGAUCCAGCUGACCCAACUUGGGACGUGGGCAACGGGACAGCCUGGCGCUGGGAUGUGCUGGCCAAGGAGGCUGAGUCCUGCCUUAAUCAGCGAUGCUUCCGGCAGCCAUCUGGAGCCCCUGAGCAGCCUUGGGAGGGGCCGGGCCUGCCACGUGCUGGCAUCUUGGGUUUGGGCCACCCCAUCCAACAAGACAACCCAGACCACAACGCUGUGCGUCCAAGAGUCAGCCCGCAGCCUUCGAAUCCAGCUCCAGCACCUGCCAUGCCAAACACAACAGCCUAUAAAAUCAGCAAGAACCUCGAAAAGGUAGCACCUCCAAGAACUGUCCAUGAAACAGUGUCAAAAGUCUGCAUCACCCAGAGCACACCAUCCUUAAGUGUGCCUCCAGCCAGCACCUCCACCGCUGGGUCAGUGAUGGGCCCACAUCUGUCACAGAUCCCCAGCAAGGAGCUGGACUCCUUCAUCCAGAACCACCUGAGACCAAGUCCCCAGUUCCAGCAGCAGGUGAGGCAGGCCAUUGACACCAUCCUGCGCUGCCUCCGGGAGAAGUGUGAGCACAAAGCCUCCAGGGUCAGCAAGGGCGGCUCUUUCGGCCGCGGCACGGACCUCAGGGGUGACUGCGAUGUGGAGCUUGUCAUCUUUUACAAAGUCCUCAGGGACUUCAAGGGACAAAGGUCCCAACAAGCAGAGAUCCUGUGUGACAUUCGGACCCAGCUGCAGUCCUGGUGGCAGGAACCAGUGCAUGGACUGAGCCUCCAGUUCACUGAACAGAAUAGACCCAGUGCUCUGCAGCUCCGGCUGGUGUCCACAGACCUCAACAGCUGGGCAGACAUCAGUGUGGUACCUGCUUUUGAUGCUGUGGGGCAGCUGAAUUCUGGCGACAGACCUCAGCCGCAGGUGUACUCCUCCCUCCUCAGCAGCGGCUGCCAGGCCGGGGAGCACGCAGCCUGCUUCACAGAGCUGCGAAGGAACUUUGUGAACAAACGCCCCGUCAAGCUUAAGAACCUGAUGCUCCUGGUCAAACACUGGUACUGCCAGGUUGCCUCUCGAGAUAAAGGAGGAGAGGCAGCAGGUGCUGCUCUGCCCCCAGCCUAUGCCCUGGAGCUCCUGACAAUCUUUGCCUGGGAGCAAGGCUGUGGGAAACCGGGGUUCAGCAUGGCUGAAGGCCUGCGGACUGUCCUGAGGCUGGUCCAGCAGUAUCGGUCACUCUGUGUCUACUGGAUAGUCAACUACAGCAUACAGGACCCGGCCCUCAGAACGCAUCUUCUCAGCCAGCUUCAGAAAGCCAGGCCUCUAAUCCUGGACCCUGCAGACCCCACCUGGAACGUGGGCCAGGGCAGCUGGGAACUGUUAGCUCGGGAGGCAGCAGCUCUGGAGUCACAAGUUUGCCUUCAGAGUGGAGAUGGGACUCCUGUGCCACCCUGGGAUGUGAUGCCAGCCCUUCUUCACCAGACCCCAGCUGGAGACCUGGACAAGUUCAUCAGCAAAUUCCUCCAGCCCGACCGCCAUUUCCUGGAUCAAGUAAAGAAAGCCGUAGAUACCAUAUGCUCCUUCCUGAAGGAAAACUGCUUCCGGAAUUCUCCCAUCAAGGUGCUCAAGGUGGUUAAGGGCGGUUCUUCUGCCAAAGGCACAGCUCUACAAGGGCGCUCGGAUGCCGAUCUUGUGGUGUUCCUCAGCUGCUUCCGCCAGUUCUCUGAGCAAGGCAGCCACCGGGCAGAGGUCAUCUCGGAGAUCCGGGCGCAGCUGGAGGCGUGCCAGCAGAAGCAGAAGUUCGAUGUCAAGUUUGAGAUCUCCAACAGGAAGAAUCCCCGAGUGCUCAGCUUCUCCCUGACAUCCCAGACACUGCUGGACCAGAGCGUGGACUUCGACGUGCUGCCAGCCUUCAACGCCCUCGGCCAGCUGAGGCCUGGCUCUAGGCCUGAUCCCCAGGUCUACAAGGACCUAAUCCACAGCUACAGCAACGCAGGCGAGUUCUCUACCUGCUUCACGGAGCUGCAGCGUGACUUCAUUAGCACCCGUCCCACCAAACUCAAGAGCUUGAUCCGGCUGGUGAAGCACUGGUACCAACAGUGCAACAAGAUGGUCCAGGGGAAGGGCUCCUUGCCACCCCAGCAUGGGCUGGAGCUCCUGACCGUGUAUGCCUGGGAGCAGGGCAGCCAGAAUCCCCAGUUCAACAUGGCGGAGGGCUUCCGCACCGUGCUGGAGCUGGUUAGCCAGUACCGCCAACUGUGCAUCUAUUGGACCGUCAACUAUAACGCCGAGGACGAAGCCAUCGGUGACUUCCUGAAGCUGCAACUUCAGAAGCCCAGACCCAUCAUCCUGGAUCCAGCUGACCCCACAGGCAACCUGGGCCACAAUGCCCGCUGGGACCUGCUUGCCCAGGACGCUGCAACCUGCACAUCUGCCCUGUGCUGCAUGGACAAGGACGGCACCCCCAUCAAGCCAUGGCUUGUGAAGGCUUCUGUAUGAAGUCCAGAAAGAUCAGUGGUCACAUCGGCUGAGAGAAAAUGACACGGACCCUCAGUACGGGAGACUUGGAUUUAGCCAGAUGUAUGUGUGUGUGUGUGUGUGUGUGUGUGUGUGUGUGUGUGUGCAUAUGUCUUUGUGUGUCUGCAUGUGUAUGUCUGUGUCUGUUUGUGUCUACAUGUGUUCUGUGUGUAUCUGUUGGUGUGUAUCUGUGUCUGCAUGUGUGUUUGUGUGUGUCUGUGUGUCUAUGUGUCUUAGACUGUGCCUGUGUGUGACUUCAUGUGUAUGUAUAUGUAUGUAUGUUUGUGUGUAUAUGUGCACAUGUAUAUAUAUGCAUGUAUGUGUGUAUAUGUAUGUCUGUCUGUGUGUGCCCCCCUCACACCAUCUCCCAUCUGAUUGCCUGCUCACCCACCACCCUCUCAUUCCUCCCCCAUUUACCCACCUAGUGAAGCUUCAUUGACCUCUGCUUUGAUCACCCCAGUGUCCCUGACUCCCAUGCUAGGCUCCCAAGGAUCCAGACAUCUCAGACUCUGCCAGUUUGCUGUUCAGCACCCACUGUGCCCUGCCUCCACCCCCACAGCCACACCCAGCAGCAGCCCAGCCCUGCCAAGAAGCCACGCUCCUCUCUGGUAUCCCUCCACCUGCAGCGACCCCUCCCCCCCCCAGCUGUGGUCCAGAUAUGUUCCCCGUGUAAUGUGACCGUGGCCAUCGUGGGGCAGAGGUUGUGAUGCUGGCUACAGAAUACCCGGGUCCACAGCCACGAUAAUAACAUAAGCAAAACAAGUGAUACCUGGGCUUUAGGGACAUAGAAGGAGCAGGAAGGACCCCAAGCUCUCCUGUGGUUCCACCCACUCCCUCAAGAGGGAGCACCUAGGACGGGGAGGGUUAGUGAGAAGCACAGGGGUGCAGCAUUCCUGACUCAGCACCGAUGAAGGCUGAGGCUUUUUGAUAAUGCAGUGCUUGGGGGUCACCCACAUCCUGCAACCCCCAACUCAUGCCGUUAGUAACCCCAAUAAACCCAUUAGCUCACCACUAGAGACUUGGCAUCUUUUCCUUGCUCAGUCUUUGUGCCCUGUCUAGGUUGAACAGACAUUUGUUCGCGUCUCCCCAAGAAAGGUCAGGCCCCUCUGCCUCCUGAUGUCUGAUGCUCCCAAAUGCAAUAGAAACAGGGUCCUGAUGGGGACAGGAAGGGAUGGGUUAGCAAGCCCUUGACCCAGAAACUGAUUUUCCAGAAUCUUCACCUUCGCCACACUAUGGGUGGACUGUGGAUGGGCAGUGUUUGUCCCUUGUCCUCUGAUUCCCACCAGGGCCAGGGUGAUGCCAGGCUGUCUCCAGGACAAAUGUCUACUUAUCUGUCUUAAAUGGGAAAAUGCCUCCAAUCCCCUAGCUGAGUCUAAGUGACAGCUAGGAACCAGGGGUGGAGGGUAGGGAGACAUACCUUAGGAAUGUCCCAGCCCUGCACACAGGAAGCAAGUGCCAGAUACCGGGAGCAGUGUGGCCACAGCAGGGUCCUCCAGAGGGACCACCUGAGGGGUGGACAUGGUAGUGAUCCUUCCACAGGAGAAUGAGAAACGGAGGAAGGUGGCUGCACUUGCCCAUACCCCAUCAGGAGUGUCUCAGACAGCCCGGCUCUCCCUGGACUGCAGUUGGGACAGAACAACCGGGAUGCAGGAGGACAGCGCCUCCCUAGUAUUUUCAGCCUUGGAGCCCGUUCCUGCCUCCUCAGCUUAGCCCACAGUGGCCAGCCUGGGUGAGCGGCAUCUCCUGCUCUUGGCUCCAGGCAAGGCUUGGUCCCAACUUCACCUCACCUAGCCAACUCACGGAGAAUGCCAACCAGACCCCAAAUUACGUCUCUUGAUGGCUGCUGGUCACAACAUCCUCGGAGCUCUAGACCAGUGGUUCUCAACCUUCUUAAGGCUUUGACCCUUUAAUAGAGUUCUAGGUACUCGUCUGUGGGCAUACCGGCAUGUGGGCGGACAUACAAAGACCAUUGGAAAUACGUGUGAUCUGAUAAUCUUAGGUAACCCCUGUGAAAGGGUUGUUUGACCUAGAGGGGUUGAGACCCACCGCUUGAAAACCUCUGGUCUAGACAAAUGUGACCAGAAGAGACCUAUGUUUCCAUGGAAUCUAGCAACAGGCGGGGCAACGGCCUAGUAUCCCAGCCCCUCUUCCCACCACACAGACUUUGAACCCUUUUGCCAAAAUGGCUCCAGAACUGGGGUGGCUGGUGGCUGGAGUGAGUGAGGAGUGAGGUCAUAGCUAUUUAGGCACGGAGAGGCCUUGCUGACCUAAGCCCUUCCAUUUCCGACAGCAGACACCACCGUGGUGGCAGUGAAUCCUCUGAGCUCUAUUCAGGCCAUGGCCCUGGGGAGAAGUUCCAGUGGGCUCCUCGUAGCUAGGAAUGGGUGAGGUGACGCACAUAUACAACCCUAGCACUCAGGAGGCCGAGGCAGGGUCCCUGAGAGCCACUAGUGUCUGUCCCCUGCAGUCAUUUUCUGUCUUUGGCCUCACUUAGAGGAACUUCGAGAGUCCUCCUGCUUUCAGGGUUCCUGUAGGGAGCCAGUACUCUCGAUGGUCCAGGACUCAGCGGGACUCUGCUUGUGGGGACAUGCAAAACCAGUGAGCUUCCCA